UUUAAUCGCAAACAAUGACUGCUCCCUGUCCCUGGCCCUAUGAAUAUAUGCGCCCAUGAUCGGUGAUUUUACUACAUACUCAUUUUCUUUUCGGAUCGAUGUGACCUGAACAGAUGUUGGCAAGUCUACGAGGAACGAGCAGGCAGACAUGAGUACAGAUGACGCACCGCAGGACAAGGUGCUGCCACAGGACGCAGAGAAAUCCGGUCUCCUCAUCCAAACUGAUGGAUCGACGAAAGUUUAUCUCAGACGCUGGCUGAUGCUGACCUUGUUCUGCGCCUUCUCCGUAACAACCGCCUACCAGUGGAUCCACCUCAACAUCAUCGCCAACAUCGUCAUCCGCUACUACAACAGCAGCCUCCCCGGGGACUCCCUGCAACAGGAAGCUGCCGUUGACUGGCUCUCCCUCAUCUACAUGUUGGUCUACCUCCCCACGAUCGUGCCCGCCAUGAUGCUUCUCAACAACAAGGGGCUGCGUGUCAACAACAUCGUUGGUAGCCUCCUGAACACCAUGGGGGCGUGGUUGAAGGUAGGGGCGCUGGGACCGGAGCGGUUCCCGGUGUUGAUGACGGGCCAGGUUCUAUGUGCGAUGGCCGAGGUGUUUGUGGUUAGUAUUCCUCCUCGGCUGGCGGCUGUCUGGUUCGGACCUGACCAGGUAUCUACUGCAACCUCCCUGGGCGUCUUCGGAAAUCAGAUAGGCGUGGCCGUCGGCUUCCUCAUCCCUCCCAUACUUGUGAACAACUCCCCCAACAUCACAGACAUCGGCGCCGGGCUCACCGUCAUGAACUACGGCACAGCUUCAGUCACCACCGCCAUCUUUCUACUCAUGCUUGUAGGUUACCAAGCAGAGCCUAAAAUCCCACCCAGCAGAGCCAGGCUAUUGGCUCAACACACCAGCCGGCACCAGAACUACAGGCAAUCUCUACACGCGCUCAUCACAAACCUCAACUUCAUACUUCUUGCUGUAUCCUACGGCAUCCUGACGGGGGCCUUCUAUGCCAUCUCCACCCUCCUGAACGGCAUCAUGCUCUACUAUUUCCCGGGAGAGGAAGAGAAUACUGGGCGUAUUGGCCUGACGAUCGUCCUCGCCGGUAUAGCAGGAGCCAUCAUGGCGGGACUGUGGCUGGACAAGACGAAGGCGUUCAAGUGGACGUCGGUCGGAAUCUAUGCCCUGUCGCUGGUAGGAAUGAUAGCGUUCACUGUCAUCAUCGAAUGCGACCUCAACCGCAUCUGGAUCAUCUACCUCGUCGCCGGAUUUCUUGGAUUUUUUAUGACUGGCUACCUACCAGUUGGGUACGAAUUUGCUGCCGAGAUCACCUAUCCCGCGUCUGAGGCCACAUCGUCCGGCAUUUUGACAUCUUCAGCAAUGUUCUGUGGAAUGAUUCUGACACUGGGGAUGCGCGCUGUGAUGAACCGUGUGAGCAUCCUCGCAGCAAAUAUCACGUUGUGCUCGGUCGUCUGCCUCGGCGUUAUUCUAACAGCGAUGGUUCGUCCCGACUACCGACGUCAAGCGGCAGAAACGCAGGUUGUAGAGAAGCUAAACCAUAUUGAGUUAACGAUAGCACCGCCAGCUAACAGCACAAGGGAGACAACUCUACCUGGCCUAGCAGAGCCUGGCCCAGAUGAACAGUUUAAUAAGCCUCUCACGCAGUGACCGACAGAGACAGUAUUGUUGUGAUCGCGGCUGUGUGCAUGGGGAAAUCGGUAGACCACUGGUCAGGAAAUACACUCACAGUACAUUGCCACAGUGGGAAUAAGACUGCACUUAAAACCAGCAUUAACCUGAACAUGUAUGACCGGAUGUGUCUCCAUGGAGACUUUUAGGAAGUCACGUGAUCUGAUCGGCAUGAAUUGGGUACUAUUGUAAUUGCUAUUGGAUUUAAUCUUUUUUAUUGCCAGAGUUUCACGCUAAUUUUACAUUUUGUAAUGUAUACACCAGCCACAACGGUGCGCGAAACCAGAAAUAGACUUUUCGCAUUGUACCCAUGUGGGGAACCACUACACUUCCCUAACGGAGGAAAACAUAGAUUGGCAUAUAUGUUCAAAACUAAUCAUUGGCUCUUGUAACAUAAAAGUAGGUAUGUUCUCUGAUCUGAUUGGUUAAAAAGUGUUGUCGAAUGAGCAUAACAUCACUCUUUUGGUCUCAUCACCGUGUAUGUAUACAUUGGUUAAUGGAACUAUUUUUUAAAUCAUCAACAUGGAGGAACAGAUGGAAAUUUUCCCUGACUUCCACAUCGGAGAUUUCGAUGCAAUAUUGAGCAAUGGGAUGACGAGACAUUUUCUGAGAAAAUUUAAGUCAUUGAAGGUAAAUGAAAUUUGCCUUUUUCCAUUAAUUACUCAAUCAAAAUAAUAAUUGAUGUAAUUUUCUUGGGCUUGGCAAAAGGGGAAAAAAACAGUGUCUAACAGAGUAAAAAACAUUUAUUGCAACUCUAUAAUAGUUAAGACAUUCAUACACCCACCUAAUUUGGUUAUUAGUAUUACUCACAACAGCUGUUGAAGCUGAAACCCGUUCUGAGAUGGCCCCUGAACUAGGAAAUACAGCCAGCGUUUCCGUAGAGCCAGAAGUUCAAGCGUCAAGUGACCGCUCCUGUCCCUUAAUGCAAAAGCAGUACAGGACAUCGUGGAUGGGAACCUCUCCAAAUCUACUGGGCGUAAUACCUCCUGAAGAAUUAAAACUAUUUUGACGUAAGACAUUCAAACAUAAUAGACUAUAUAAACACAUACCUAAAAGAUUCGAUCAACAUCACCGAGAGUUACCUCCCUUACACCAUUUGCCAUGAUAGCAAUGUCAAGCGUGACCAAUGUGUCAUCGCAGAAAUUGGCAAUACUAUAAAGACAUUCCGGUCUUUGAAAGGCGUUUAUAAUGAGAUUGACAAAAAUGUAAGAUUUGAGGCAUGUUAUGCUGACUGGACGUAGGGAAAUUUCAUUUGAAAACGACGCCGUAAUAAAAACAAAUUAAUCCACUUACUGUUACAUUUGUACCCUGAACAAGGCAAUCCUUUCACUUCCAGAAUGUCUUGGUUUCCGAGGUUUUGAACCCAAGUUCAAAGAGCUUCCUGCUUCUCACCUGAAUGAGAGACUGGGCUUCCUUUUAUGCAGAAAUGCUGAGGGAAAUCUUUACUCAAAAUCGAGUUUUGUUGGGUUGGUGCUGUGUUACAACCCCUAAUGUAAAAAUUACUCUUAAUGUAAAUUAUUUUACACUAAGGGUUACGCGUUAACUCUUAAUGUAAAAAAAAAAUUACAUUCAGAGUAACAACCCGCAACCCCUAAUGUAAAAAUUAUUUUUUUUACAUUAAGGGUUAAUAUCGUAAAAUAUUCUUAUAAACAAAGUUUGAUUGGAAAUAUAGGAUACUUUUUGCUUUUAUCACGAUUUUUAUUGUUUUUGCUCGGUUUCUUGCAAUUAUUCGUAAUAAGCGACAGCGUGAGAAACUGACUUUGCUCAGAUCUGAGAACAAGAGGGGCUAUUAUAAGAAUGGGAGGCUCGUCAUUGAGGACAUGCCAGCCUCUACUCUGGAAGGUGAUGAGCAUCAGUUGUCGCGAUCGGCUUCAUUCGCAGAUCGCGACUCAAGUUGAACAUCGUCAACUGUGGAUCAGGAGCGGGUGCUGCCGUCAAGGUCGAAGGUUAUGCGAAAGCAUAUCUUACAUGGCAAGGAAUAUAGAAGAUUUAACCAACAAAUUGUCCGACAUUGGCUUUGUUUCUUUUGUAUCUGAAAAUUUUUGCGUUAUAUGAAACAUAGUCAAUAGAGAAUUACUUUAAUGAUAUUUUUCCAGAAUAUAAACUUUCUUGUUUACCAGCCACAAAGGUCCAAGUUCGGAAGGUAUUCGGGAGGAAUGCUUUUUAUAAAAUAUUCACUGGUAAGAUAUGUCAUUGGUGUUCGAUACAGAGAACAUGUUAUUACUAUUCUGUUGGAUAAAAGUAUGUUUGGUUUCAGUAGAGCUACAUUAUGCUUUGUUUACAUAUAUCCGUGCGGAGAGAUCGACCUGGUAUGAUAACAAUGAUAGACAAAAUGGGAUAGAGAUUUUGCUGGGGUUUAUUAUUGAGUACACUGGAAGAGUACCCAGCUGUUUUUUAUCAUUGUACUUGGAUUUGUUUGUUUGUUUGUUGUUUGUUGCACUCAGCAAUAUUUCAGCUAUAUGACGGCGGUCUGUAAAUAAUCGAGUCUGGAC